UUUCUCACUUUGAUUAAUUACAAUUUACGAUGCCGAGGAGAAGACGACCUGACUUAGGUCGUCGUAGUCAAUCAAAUGUGCGAAGAGCUACCUCACGUGCUAACCGCACUGAUGACCAGAGACAGACAGAUCAAGAAAAUAGUCGUAUUGCUAUAUCAGAAUUGCGUUCUUUAGUGAGUGACAAUGUAGAAGAUAGGCUUAGAAUGCAACGAGUUCGUGCACAUCAAACACAACAACAGCAAGCUAGACAUAAUGAAAUUGAGCGAAUCCGCAGACGCAGUGCUCCUGUGAUUCUUGAACGAGCUGCAUUCCACUAUGAUUCGGCAAUUGAUUAUUGUGCCGACAAAUCGGUAACAAUUGGGGAAAUGAAAACAAUUUGUAAAUAUUGUAAGGCGUUAAAAUACACUGGUGAAUCAACUGGAUUAUGUUGUGCUGAAGGCAAAGUAAAAUUGCCACAAUUGGUCCCACCACCAGAUCCUUUACGCUCUUUACUUUCUGGGAUUGGAAAUGAUUCUAAGCACUUCUUGACCAACAUUCAGAAAUAUAACAACUGUUUCCAGAUGACAUCAUUUGGUGCUACACAUAUUAUACAAGACAAUUUCAUGCCCACUUUCAAGAUACAAGGACAAAUUUAUCACUUACUGGGAACUCUUUUACCACUACCUGAUGCAGAUCAUCAAUUUUUACAAAUUUAUUUUAUGGGCAAUUCAGAUGCGGAAAUUAAUAAUCGUUGUGCUCACAAUCCAACAGUGAAGAGAACCAUUGUCCAACAAUUACAAAUGUUUCUUCAUCAGUAUAACAAUUUAGUAAACAUGUUCAAAAUAGCAUUGGAUCGGAUGCCAUCUGAUAGCCAUAAUAUUAUUAUUCGAGCUGACAAAACACCUGCCGGUGAACACACAAGGGGGUUCAAUUCACCUACCAUUGAUGAAGUGGCUGUUGUCAUUGUGGGAGAAAAUUUACAAUCUAGAAAUAUUGUGCUUCAUCGUCGGAAUAGUAAUUUAAAACGUGUAUCUGAAACACACAGGAGUUAUGAUGCACUACAAUAUCCUUUGAUAUUCUGGCAGGGGGAAGAUGGAUACCAUUUUAACCCAGAUAAGCCUACUGUCCUAUAUUUAGGACAGUAGAAAUAAAAAAAAAUAUCAGAAUACCCUCUUUAUCUAAGAUUAUUUAGUCUUAUGAUUUGCAGUAAGAAACGUGUCAGCUUUAUUAGAAAAAAUAAAAAGACAGUUAUUUUAACAGUUUUUACCUUAUAUUUUACCUUAUAAGUGUGUAAUAAAAGUGCGUUGCAGACAUGGCAAAUGACAGACCGUUAGCUGCGCAUGAAAUUUUAGAUGCUUUAGAAAAUGUUUCUGAUAAUGAAGAAGAUUAUAGAGAACGACUGAUAUGUAUUCUACCUCUUCCUGUUGAUCCUGACUGUCUCACUGACGAAGAUUCGGGUGAAGAAGAUAAUGUAACUUUGAAUAAUUUGCCACGAAACAUUCUGCUUCAACCGGCUGAAGUAAUGAUUCAAGGGCAGAUUAUGGUGAGUGAUACAGAAGAAGUACCUUCUGAUUCUACAGGUCGAACUAAACGUAGGCGUACCUACGCAUGGAGAAAACGGGACUUGGCAAAAAAUCCCGUGAAUUGGCCAGAUGUUCAAGGCGCUUGCCAAGAUAAGCGCCCAAUUGAGUGGUUUGAAAACUUCUUAGAUGAAGAUGUUAUUUCGUUGUUGGUGUCAGAGAGCAAUAAAUAUGCUGUCAAAAAGAAUUUGCCUGGAGACAUAACCACUGAAGAUAUGAAAUGUUUCAUCGGCAUAUUGUUGGUUAGUGGUUAUUCAUGGCUCCCCCGUAGAAGAAUGUAUUGGGAAAACUCCCCUGAUAUAAAGAAUGAAUUGAUCAGCUCGGCUAUGACUAGGGAUAGAUUUGACUUUAUUUUUCGCCACCUUCAUGUCAAUGAUAAUCUGGAUUUGCAAGACAAAUACACAAAAGUACGCCCCCUAGUUACACUUCUAAAUAAAAAGUUCUUAGAGUUUUCUCCUCUUGAAGAGCAUUACAGUGUAGAUGAGGCCAUGAUCCUCUACUAUGGUAGACAUGGCUGCAAACAGCACAUAAAAGGUAAACCUAUUAGGUACGGGUUCAAAGCUUGGGUUGGUGCUACACGGUUAGGGUAUGUUUUAUGGAUGGAACCAUACCAAGGUGCUACAACUAUGUGCAAUCCAAUAUAUAAAGAAUUGGGGCUGGGUGCAAGCGUUGUUCUCACUUUUUGCGAUGUGCUGAUUUCACGUGGCUUCGACCUUCCUUACCACGUAGUUUUUGAUAAUUUUUUUACUGGAACGCCCUUGCUGGAAGAGAUAACAAAGAAAGGCCUUCGUUGCACUGGGACAGUUCGAGAAAACAGGACAUCUAGUUGUCCUCUGAUUACAUCGAAGUUACUGAAAAAAAAGGAACGUGGUGCUGUCGAUUACAGAACGACACAUGACAACACGUUCAUUAUUGCUAAAUGGCAUGACAAUAAUAUAUUCAGUAUUGCUUCUAAUGCUGUAGGAAUAAAUCCUAAACAAUCUGCCAAACGCUUCUCACAAAGUGAAAAGAGAAACAUUGUCAUAGAAGAACCACAUAUGGUGUCCAUCUAUAACAAAUAUAUGGGAGGAGUGGAUCGGUCUGAUGAAAAUAUUUCACAUUACCGAAUUGGUAUACGAGGUAAGAAAUGGUACAUGCCGUUGCUCACACACAUGAUUGAUCUUGCCGAACAUAAUGCAUGGCAGUUAUAUAAAAUAAAUCAUGGAAAACUGGAUCAUCUUGGCUUUCGCAGAAGGGUAGCAAUUGCUUUGAUUGAAUCAAACAGAAAAAAUGCCAAAAGAGGGCCUAGCCGACCCUCCCAUCAUGAACAUGCUGAUAGUCGUAAAGACCAAAUGAAUCAUCUGGUUAUUCCUCAAUCGAAGCAAACACACUGUCGUCAAUGUCACAAAAAAUGUUUGACACGUUGCAAGAAAUGUGAUGUUGGAGUGUGUGUCAAGUGUUUUGAAACAUAUCAUUCAUAAAUAGUGUUAGUCUAGUAAAUUACAUAUAACAAUGGGUAAUAUAAUCAAUAGUUAUCUAAUAAACUACACUUUUUGAUUACAUUCUGUUUUGUCAUAAAUGGUCUUUUAUUUCCUCUUAUUAUCCUACUGUCCUACAUACAGGACGGCUGUUUCCCUGAAAGCCUUACACUUAAUU